CAAGGUGUAACUUAAUCAUUUACACUGCUUCGAUCGCUAUUUCAGAGUAAUAAGAUUACUGUUACUAUACUGUGAUCAACGAUAAGAAGGAAUUUAUAUUGUAAAAUUAAUAAUUUUAUUCGGGGAAAAAAGUAACGAAAACAGAAACAAUGGCUAGUUUUCUAUAUAACGUGCUUUUUAAAAGAUCUUCUACGUUUACUGUGACCAUUUUAGUAAGUUGUUUCAUCUUCGAAAGAGGACUCGAUCUGGUUGCGGAUCAGAUAUUUGAACAGGUCAAUCAAGGGAAACUGUGGAAACAUAUUAAACAUCAGUAUGAAACAUAAAAAUGAAAAAUAUUAAUUGAAAAGAUUAGAUAUAAAUAUAUGUAUAUAUAUGCAAUGUAUAAGUAUGCUGUUGUAUAAAUAAAGAACGAUCUGUCAAA